UAGUUCCAUGUGUGGUAUUGGCAACCCAGGCAGUAAUUAAUGGGGUUAUAAAUGAAGUCUAUACCCUUCGGCUUUUGGUUGACUAUUAUGAUAUCAGCAGAAUUCUCUCUCUCUAUUCUCUCCCUCCACAAGAGGCAUUAGUUACAAUAAGGCAUAACUAGGUACCCAACGUUCAGAUCUGCGGCUCAAUCUGAUACAAGAAGAAGAAGAGGUUGUGGAAGAUGGAUAGUGGUUUUGUAGAAUUGGCAUGGGAAAAUGAUGAGAUCGUUAGACGACGUCCUCCAUCCACCUUCAUGUUAAGCCAAAGGAAUAGUAACAGUAGUACUACUGCUGCUGCUGCUGUUGCUGGUGGAGACUACAACGACAACUCAUCAUCCCAAGGCCAUACGCUUUCUAAGAAGAGAGGCAGCCUUCGUACUCAUACCACUAAUAACUACUGCUAUCAGGAUAAUCACCAGCCUAAUACUACUCCCACAAGGAACGUGUUUGAGCUAUUCUCAUCACCAAAGCAGUGUAAUAAGUUAGCUUCUAAUGGUGGUGAAGAUCAUCAUCGAGCUAGGCCAGUACUACUUAAGGACUGCUUGAACAAAUCUAGCAGUACUUUUCAAGAUGACCAUGACCGUGAUCUGCAACCACCGAUGAAGAUAGUGAACAAUAAGCGGCCAGUACAGCCAGCUCAUGAUAAUUCUAUGUGCUUGGUCCCUGAUGAUCAUGAUGACCGCCAAAACCCUACUUUGGAUCAACCCCAUCAAACCUACUACGACUAUGACUACCCCCAAAACCAAGAAGAUGCUGCACUCGUUCCCUCUUUAAAUUCGGUGGGAGCUUCAAAUGACCAUCAUGAUCACCUACCCAUGACGCAUAAUGGACGACGGCAUCACAGUACUGCUACUACUACUACUCUUGACCAAGAUGAAGACGAAGACCAUGACCAUGACCAGGACCAAGAACAAGAACUACAACAUAAUCUCUCAAGAAAAAGAUCUACAAAGCUCCAUAAUUUGUCUGAAAAGAGGCGAAGAGACAAGAUCAACAAGAGGAUACGCACCCUAAAAACUCUCAUACCCAAUUGCAACAAGGUUGACAAAGCCUCGAUACUUGACGAUGCCAUUGAUCAUCUGAAGACACUUCAGUUUCAAUUACAGAUGAUGUCGAUGGGAGCGGGGCUUAAUGUUAUGAAUCCAAUGAUGGCGCAAUAUUUGAUGAGCUGUUUCUCCCCAAUGGCAAUGGCACCAGUAUCACCACUCAUUGCUUCUCGAUUAGGAGUUCAGGUGUUUGGCUUCCCAGCUGUUUCAUCUUCAGUUUCGCAGACGUCACAGCCUUCAGCUUCAUUCAUGCCUUGGCAUGUACCAGUACCACCUUCUCCUCAAAUUCCAAGAUUUCAGACGCCAAUGAACUACUACUACUCACCACAAAACAACUAACACUAACACCAUUUGGUAUUUACUGAUGAUGACCUUUCUAACACCCAACCGAAAGUGCCAAAACUAGUACUAGUGUUUUAUAUUGCUUUGAUUGUAAAAUGUUCAUAUUGCUCAUUUCAAGUGUUAGUCUCCUCUUUUUUAAGGGAACCAAGAAAUGGAGAAACUCCACGUUUCUUUUUCUGUUGUAGGUACUCUUAUGUAAUUGUAAUACUAAAAUAAGAUGAGUCUUCUUCUUUA